AGGUGCACUGUGUCAGUGUGUAAGAGCCAGGUCUCCUAGCGGUGUCUUCAAUUCCCUUCCUUUUACUGCCCACAGAAAGACAGUCCCCAGGCAGCUCCGUCGUUCUCACCAAGAUGAACCUGUACCGGAGCUUUGGAGCCCUCUCGGAUUCCUGGGAGCCGGAGUUUUCCUUUCCGGAUCGCAGAGAACAGGGAAGCCCUGAUUUCAGGAGGCGGGUGAUCCGAUUGAAAGGCAGCGUCUCUGGCAGCAAGCCGGUGGGGAUCCUCAAAUCCGAGUCUGAAGAUUCGGGAAUGGAGCUGGCGAGCAGUGAUAAUUCCCCUUCCACACCUUUGGGGUCUGUGCACAGCUUGUCCACGGGCGGCUCAGAGAGCUCCCUGGAUCCCAGCGUGUCUGACCUGAGACUGGGGAAUGAGAGAGAGGAUUCUUCCCCUUCUUCCCCUGUGCUGUCCCGGCAAUCCGACAGUGGACUCCUGGAGACUGGGAAGACCCUGCCAAGGAGCUGGUCCACCAGCAAGAUGCUGGAGCAGUUGCUUCUCAGGACAGAGUCGAGGUGGGAAGCCUCUCCAGCACCCUCAUCAAGAGGGACCUCGGAGCUGGAGGCAGAAGCCGGUGAUACAGACAGCAUUCAGACAGCUGCCUUCGACGAGCAAGAGAAAAGAGCGUCUAGAAGAUCAGGGAAGAGGCUCAUCCUAAUGAGGUCCCAGAGCUGCGAGACGCUGGACGACCGCUUUGACGCGUGUUGGGGAGGAGGAGAUGUGGUGGAUGGAGCGAGGGGGGGCACGGUCCCACUUGGCUCCAGCCAGGGUUUGGGCUACCUGGAGCAGGUGUGCAGGAUGCUGGAGCAGGUAGCCCGGCUGCAAAAGACCAACCAGCUUCUCCAGAGACAGAAGGAGGCUGCUGAGAACCAGCUCCAGGGUAAAGCCUCUGAAGAGGAGCUGUUUUAUGGGCAUUGUUUGUGUGGGGCGGCCAAGGAGUUCUUGAAACCCAAUCGGGAGGAGACCCGACGGAGUCACAUGGAUCUGGCCGGCCAAUGCCAGAAUCAGGACUCCUAUCUCCCCGCCCACUACAGGAGGAGGUCACGCUCGGUUACGCAGGUGUCUCUGAACUUCAAGUCCCUCGGGGAAUCUGAUUUACCUUCACCCCAUUUCAUCAGCACUGGAAACCUGCUGGAGACCUUACCGGAGAUCCAGAGACCCCUCCCCCCGGUCAAGGCAGAGCGCUCACACUGGGGGAAGAUAAAGCACCUUGUAAAAUUUCUGCACAUAAGACCGGAGAAGUCCGAGACCAGGGGCUCCUCCACGCACCUGCACAGUCAAGAAGCACGAAGUACCGAAGCUGCCAGUCCUAAGCAGAGGUUUGUCCCAUUGUUUAAGAAGAGGGGGAAGAACCAGAGUGUGUGUUAGCAGGAGGAUGCACCCGCCCUUCGAGACUCGGACUUUGCAGGCUGCCGAGCCCGUCCUGGCUUGUGUUGGAGAGGGAGCUUGCACUGUAAUGAGCAGCAGGAUUGGCGACUGGUUAGAGCUGGAAUCGCACGUGGCUUUGAGACAUCGUGCUGCGCAAAUGAAAUGACCCAAAGAAGCUACUGUGUGUGUGGUUUUUUUUUGUUCCGUUUUCUUCUCCUAAGACUUGGAGGAGGAACCAGUGUAAUUUCCUGCCACCAACUAUAAGGAAGGAUUUCUGUGAAACAGUUCACUAUAAAAAGGGCUCUGAGGAAACUGUUUCUAUAUUGUAAGUGUCUUGCCUCAUACUGCCUCGGUUUUGUUAAGUUGCUUUUUUUAAUUUAUUUUUUUAAAGUUUUAUUUUUUUUUUUUAAACCAGCGUGACCUUAUGAAGAAAGGUCCUGCAUUGCUAUAAAUUUAUAAUGAAACAAACAGGUAAACUGAAAUACCUCAAUUAGCAAAGGGCUACAUGCAAACUCAUAUUAAAAUAUAUAUUUUAGUAUUCAGCAACAAAUAUAUCUGUUUAGCCCUGCUGAAUAUAUAGGCUGCUCCAUAGUCUAGAGGGACGAUACCUUUUCUUCAUGAAAACUGUUCUAGAUUGCAGCAAAAAAACAGCCAGUUAAAUAUUAUACUCCUGACUUUGUGAAGAAAGAUCAAGGAGAACACGCGUUCUUCAUGUAUAUCCAUUAUAUACAGGAUACAGCUUGCUCACGAUGCUGCGCUCCAGGAGUCCACAAUCGCUAUUUAUUUCACCCUGUUGACUCUGCUCGAGAUGCUACUGAAUUAUAUUUAUACACACUUUGUAUUGAAAUGUUUUACUGCAGCUUUGUAUAUCGUUUUAAGAUGUACAUGUAUUCUUCCUUAAGUAUCUGGCUGUUUUAUAAAACCUAUCAUGUGAUGUAUUUAUGUAACAUAAUGUAUCCCUGCCCAUAUACUAUAAUGGGUGGAAGCAGCCUUGCAUGGCAAUAAAUAUAAAUUUUGUUCUAAAUGUGAAUAUCUUUAUUUGUCUAAAAUUGCUCAAGUUAGUAUAAAAGUGCAUAAACUGUCUUCGUGAAUAUUUUAUAUAAUAAUAUUCAAGUUGUAUUUGGGUUUCCUCCCCUGAGCUCUCUUCUACAGACUUCACAAAUGUACACGUGAGCCACAAUCUAUUUAUAAGGCAAUCUAUGAGAGACGGUCUUUCCUCAGGUAGAUUACAGAACUCGUAUUCCAUUUAAAGAGGAUCAGACGGGUUUAGUAGACUCUAAAGAUAUCUUAAAGACCAGGAUGGAAGCUCAUUCUC